CACGCAGGCCGGCGAGAAAGAGACAGGUCGCCAUCACUACCACAAGAACUCUUGGGUACCGUCGAUGCUGACCAUCGUUUCGGCCUAAUGUAAGAUUGACUGAUUCAUUAUCUUCCGUCCCGUGCGUGCACGCCUCGCGUAAUUACUCGUUCCAUACGUGGUCCGAGCCGGGGGAGGUGAAUGGGAGAGCGGGAAGGGUGAAUAUAUACCGACAGCGACCCUACCAGACACGUCACGAACCCCGUCUGCUUCUCUCUCUCUCCUCUCCUAUCCCUCUCUCCACUUCUCUCUCUCUCUCUCACACAGUGAGGCCUGUCUACCCCUCUCAAAGACCCCGCAGCCCGACGCGUACCGCCCACCGCCCUCGGGAUUCGGAUUCUUGCCGUAUGUCUUCUUGACAGCUCGACAUCAUAUCUAGACCAACCCCCACGCGACCUGGGUACUAAUCCCAGCUAGACUAUUUCGGCACUUACCUCUUCUUCUUCGGCGUAGGCAGUCUCGAUGGGCUCCCUCGACGUCUCCCGCGAUGAGUUGACGGUCUUAGUGACCGGCUUUGGGCCAUUCAAGAAGGAGUAUCCUGUGAACCCGGCCUGGGAGAUAACAGCAUCACUACCGGACUAUCUGCCACCCGACAGGGUGAAGGAUCCGGCCCGCCAGACGUCGUCAAACCUACCAGCCGUCCGGAUCCUGAAACACGGGCCGGUCCGCGUCAACUACCACGUGGUGCGAGAGUUGGUACCUACGCUCUGGGACAACCCCGAGCAGAAGGUGGAUUAUAUCAUCCACAUUGGCAUGGCUGGCCCGCAGCAGGUCUACUCCCUCGAGCGGCGCGGGCACCGCGACGAAUACGACAAGGAGGACGUUGACGGCCAACUUCUUGGUGACGACGAGAAGCGCAAGCUAGGAGAUGACACGUGGGUAUGGAAUGGUGUCCCCGAGGAACUCCUGACCGAUCUCAAUAUCGAAAAGAUCUAUAAGCGAUGGGUCGAGCGAAGCCCGAACAAGGACGACGUGAAGUUGCAGAUCUCGGAAGAUGCGGGGCAUUACCUGUGCGACUUCAUCUACUUCUCGAGCCUGGCCCACCUAUGGAAGCAGCAGAGGCCUAGGAAGGUCAUUUUCUUCCACGUGCCGUUGCAUUCGGACGGGGAGUCCCUCAGCCGCGGCAAAGAGCUUGCGCUGCAACUGGUCCGGUCGGUCACCGAGGUCGGGCUCGACGAAGCGGCCUCGGGAUGAUGUUACGAAGAAUCCGUGGAUUGGGAAAAUUGGCAGUUGGUCGUCAUGUUUUCGGGUCUCGGUCGCGUGUACGCCUAUGUACGAAUGUUGCAGCGGCGGCCCCGUGUCCAGUGCGUUUCUGAAUGUAUAUCCGUAUCGGUAUAUCGACAAAUGUACGGUGGAGGUGGCGGGAGUAGGUAUGAUUACGACGAGACCGGGCAUGCUAUACGUUGCGAAACUGGACAAGUACCUAUCUGAAGUUGUAUCAAGGAGGCAAUAAUCGCCCGCUCGGAUUAGACCUCUCGGUAGAUACAUGCGCGAAGUUGUAGACAUACCUAUGCGCUUGUAUGUUUGUGUGUGCUGCCUUGCGUAUAUAUACCUCGUAUAGCAUACCACAAACAUCUUGGGGACGGAUUCCGCACCUUCGGGGAACAGCAUGCCUCCUUGGGUGCUUUCAGCGCGUACAUACAUCCACCCCCUUACGCAGUCCCUCCUGCAAAUCCCUCCCCCUCUUAAACCCCCCCCCAAGUCGUCCUGAAAAGGAG